UUUUAUAAGCGCGUCGUCUUGUUUCAACUUUCAGGCGCAGAGAGAGAACUGAGAGAAGAGAUGAUUUCCACCAUGAGUUGGGAUGAGAACAACGAUGAAUUUGAGAUCCCUCUCACUCAAACGACAACGGCUUUUCACGCGGCUCUUGCUUCCAUUGAUGAUGAUAAUAAUCAACGGCCGUCGAAAAAACCUAAACGCAAAACGAGCGAGGGUGGUUGCGAAAUUGAUAACUGCUGCAGCUUGGAUUUCAUUCCUUCCACCAUAGGUUGUGUUUCUGCUUGCAGUGUUCAACCGUUGGGAGAAGAGGACAGUGUUUCUCCUUCUUCUUCUACUGCGUCUUUGUCGGAGCUGAAAACGAAGGGGAAUUAUCUUCGCAACUCGAUAGAGUCGAAGCUGGUGGUUUCGAGAGCCAACGCGCUUAACCGUGCAGAUGCAGACUCUGAUUCGGAGCUUGAUCUGUUGAUGAAUUUGUGCGAUGAGUUGGAGGAAGUAGAUAGUUCCGUUCGGUGUCCCCUGUGUGAGGUUGAUAUUUCGAACUUGACCGAGGAACAGCGGCAUCUUCAUACCAACAAUUGUCUUGACGACGUUGCGGUGGUUCCUGAUGAUAACGAGAAAGGUGCUCAACAAGUGCCUAAAGUUGCUUCUGUGGUUGAUUGGCUACGCGGGCUCGGCUUAAACAAGUAUGAAGAUGUUUUCGUUAGGGAAGAAGUUGAUUGGGACACCUUGCAGUGGCUCACAGAAGAGGAUCUCUUAAGCAUGGGUAUUGCUGCACUUGGGCCGAGAAGAAAGAUUGUGCAUGCCCUGAGUGAACUUAGAAAAGGAGAUGCUGCUGCAAAUGAGAAACAUGAGGAUUCUUCGGCGGAGCCUAGAAGGAUUAGAAACCAGAAAGUCAAAUUAAAACAUGACAAGUCUGAAAGAAAAGUUGAUGGCACUGGUAAACCAGUGGCAAACAAAUUAAUCACUGAAUAUUUUCCGGGAUUUGCUUCCAAAGAAAAGAAAGUUUCUGCCUCUCCCGGAGAACCACAGGAAAAGAAAAACAGUGGCUUGGAUUCUGGUCGUAAGCACAAAUCAAAAAAUACGCCAACAAAUAGAAAGCUCCGUGAUGUUCCCAAAUGGUGUGCCGUCCAAGGAACGCCUUUCCGAGUGGAUGCUUUCAAAUAUCUCAGAGGAGAUUGUUCUCACUGGUUUCUCACACACUUCCACUUGGACCAUUAUCAAGGUCUCACCAAGUCAUUCAAUCAUGGAAAGAUCUAUUGCUCCUCAGUUACAGCUAGACUUGUAAAUAUGAACAUUGGAAUUCCAUAUGAUAAAUUACAUGUUUUGCCUCUGAACCAAAAGGUUGAAAUAGCUGGUGUUGAUGUGACUUGCUUGGAUGCCAACCAUUGUCCAGGUUCCAUAAUCAUACUCUUUCAACCUCCAAAUGGUAAGGCGGUGCUUCACACGGGUGAUUUCCGCUUUAGUGAAGAAAUGGCUGUCAAUCCUUUAAUGCGAAUAUGUCCUAUCAAUACUCUGAUUCUUGAUACAACAUACUGCAACCCACAGUAUGACUUUCCAAAACAAGAGUCUGUAAUACAAUUCGUUAUUGAUGCUGUUCAAGCAGAAACUUUUAAUCCCAAGACCCUUUUUCUGAUCGGCAGCUAUACAAUUGGCAAAGAAAGAUUAUUCUUGGAGGUUGCUCGUUCGCUUCGUAAAAAGGUUCACGUUACUGCUGCGAAGUUGCGUAUUUUAAAAUGUUUGGAAUUGAAGGAGGAGGAUAUGCAGUGGUUCACUUCAAAUGAACAUGAAAGCAACAUUCAUGUUGCCCCUAUGUGGACGCUGGCGAGCUUCAAAAGAUUGAAGCACAUAUCAAGUCAAUAUAAGAGUCAGUACAAUCUUAUAGUUGCUUUCUCUCCCACUGGUUGGACGUUUGGCAAAGGUAAAAAGAAGUCAACGGGAAGGAGAUGGCAGCAGGGUACUAUUAUAAGGUAUGAAGUGCCAUACAGUGAGCAUAGCAGCUUUACAGAACUCAAAGAGUUUGUAAGAGUUGUAUCUCCUGAUAACAUUAUACCAAGUGUGAAUAAUGAUGGACCAGAAUCUUCUGAUGCAAUGAUUUCUCUGUUGUUAUCUUGAUUUGUUCACCAAAAGGGAGUUUAGUCUACUGUUGUGAUGUGUGAAUCUUAAAUAAAGGUUUAGUGAAUUUUGCCAAACUUCUUCGCAUUUAAGGGUGAAAAGAAGACAAAUUGAAAACACUCUAGCAGAAGUGCUCAUCAUACUUAUAAUCCAAUUUCUAUUUGGGAAUUCAAGGUGAAUUCUCUUAUACGGGAGAGCUGAAAAUAGGUUGCAUUGAACUAGGUUUUACUAGGCUUAGGUCUAUUGAAAUUAAUUUCUCUCACUCUCACAUGAUGAAAAUAAGUUGUGUUCAAGUAGGUUUUGUUAGGCUUGCAUCUGACCUUAAUUAAAAAUAUAUUUAUUGUCUCAGUAUGUUUCGUUCA